AUGCCGCCCAAAGGCCAGGAAGGUGACAGCAGUGUUGGCACCGAGAGCAACUCUAAUUCCUUCUUCACCGUCCCCGCACCUAUCAAGCGCCUCUUCGACAAGUUCCCGUUGACCACCUAUCCCGCCAGCGAGCUCCCUCAACGGUCUCAGCCGAACACUGCCAACCAGUUGUUCGUUUUCACUGACACGCGCGGAGCACGACAUGGCCGACCUUCUUUUAAUCCACAAUGUCUCAAAUGGCAGGCCUACCUGAAAUUCGUCGGAAUCGACUUCGAUAUCACCGCGUCCAACAACCACGCAUCGCCCACUGGUGCCCUUCCAUUCCUCCUUCCUGCGCUUCCGACAGACACAUUGAACCCAAUUCCAUCACACAAGCUCCAGAAGUGGGCCAUUGAACAAGUUCACUGCGAGGAGGAACAACAACUGAACCUCCGGUUUGAGGUGUAUGCCUCGCUUUUGGAUCACCGGAUACGCCAUGCUUGGUUAUACAUGCUCUACUUGGACAGCGAGAACUUCGACGCCGUCGCCCGCCGACUCUACGUGGAACCCGCAACAACCAACACCAUCGUGCGCGCCGCUCUGAGCCACCAGCUCCAGCAAGCCGCCCGCGAUGAGCUCCUCAAAAACUCACGAUACAUCGAUGCCGCCGACCUGGAGGGCGAUGCGAGUGGCGCAUUCGAGGCGUUAUCCACACUACUCGGGGAGGACGAGCACUUCUUCAGCCGGCCAAACCCAGGACUCUUCGAUGCCAGUGUUUUCGCCUAUACGCAUCUGAUCCUGGAUGACACGCUAGGUUGGAAAAAGAACCGGCUAGCCCAGCUGCUCAGGGAACAUCCCAACCUUGUACAACACCGCGACAGACUACUCAAAUUUUUCUAA